AUGCAUAGAACUCAAUGUGAUCAACAACAGUUCAUUAACAGAAGAAUAAGACACCUUCACUUCUGGAACUAUGGGAGACUGAAAACAAGACAAACAAAUGAAAUUGCAAAUGGAAAAUUUGGAAUGGUACAAAUUUUGGACAAUAUGGAGAUGAUUGAACAUGAUGAAGAAGAAUAUAUUGAUUUGGAUAAGGAAGAGAAUGAAAAGAAUGAGGAAGAAUUUUCAGAUUCAGAUGACAAUGAGGAUAUUGGUGUAGAGCAUAUUGGUGAAACAUCAAAAGUGAAUGAGAAUGAAGUUCAGGUUGAAAAGAAAAUAGAAGAAUCAGAAGAUGAAAAUCCAACAAACAAUAUUGCAUUUCAAAAAGCAAUAGUUUUGUAUACACCGAAAGAGAAUCAAGUACAACACACUAAAGCUGAAAACAUAGUGAAUGCAGAAGAAGCUGAAGAAAUGGUUGUAUACCAAACAACAAACACAUAA